UGAAGAGGAGGAGGGUGCGGGGAUGAGUACCGCGCUGCUGACGGAAGCUACGCCAGGGGACAACGGCGUACUUCGUGCUAGGGGACGGCAGAACGAGCCGCCGGGGCCGCAGGAGUUCAUCUUGAGGCGGGCACACUCGUCAUCAGCCGCCCACUACGGAGGAAACUCGGUGACCAGGACCGUUGUCACCUACUUGAAGGGGAUGGUGGGCUCGUACGUUUUGUACCUGCCGCGGAUGUUUGCCCAGGGAGGGAUGAUCUACUCAGCGGGGGCGAUAAUCCUCCUCUCCGUGGCUUCCACGUACAACAUGCUCCUGCUGCUGCGCUGUCGCGAGAGGCUGGUUCGUCGAGGCAUCCCGACGGUGUCCUACGGCGAAGUCGCGCUCGCCGCAGUGGGCAGGGUGGGCUACGUGGCCGUGGAUGUGAGCCUUUUUUUGUCUCAGCUGGGCUACUGCGUGGUGUACCUGAUCUUCGUGCAGCAGAACAUCGGUCCCAGCUUGAGAGAGGCGUUUCCGUCGCAGCCGGCCUGGCUUACCGGCACGAUGGCGCUCAUGGUUAUUCAGGCGUGCAUACAGAUACCUUUGUCGUGGGUGAGACAGCUCAAGUACCUCGGAGCGGGGAUGCUGAUCGCGAACAUUUGCGUUUUCGGAGGGCUGUUGCUAAUCCUUUUCCAGGUGGUGGACCAGUUAAUUGACACCUUCCCUCCAGAAAACGCUGGCGGGAUUGUCCUCAUCAACACCUCGGAAUGCCUGAUCCUUCUGGGGUCCGUGGUGGGCUGCUUCGAGGGAAUCGGACUGGUCCUCCCAAUUGAGGACGCCAUGGACCUGAAGGUGCGACACCGGCUGCCGGCCGCGCUGUGUUGGACCAUGGUCGGCAUCACUACUUUUUUCGUCAUCUUCGGAGCGGCGGGGUACCUCACCUACGAGCAAGAAGUGGCCAGUUUCAUAACGAUGGAUUUGCCGCAGGACACGGUGGCCGCAACGAUCGUGCGGGUUAUGUACAGCGUGGGCCUUAUCUUGACGUCGCCCCUUCAACUCUUCCCCGCCAUCAAGGUUCUGGAGAGACUUUUUUGGCCGGUUGUGCCGAGGGGCUCCAAGAAGGACAUGCUGGACCGGACGAGGAAGUGGCUCAAGAACUUGCUUCGCUCGGUGGUGGUGGUCUUCACCGUCCUCGUGGCGCUGGUGGCGGGCAGCCGCUUCGACAGCUUCACCGGCAUCGUGGGAGGCCUGUGCUCGGUGCCUCUAGCCCUCGUCUACCCCAUGCUGUUCCACAUGAGCCUCUUCGGCGAGCUCGACAGCCCCCGAAAGCAGGCGAUGCACUGGGUGUUGCUGGUCGGAGGCGUGUUGUCCGGGGUGGCGUCAACGGUGGUUGCCAUGAUGCUGUAGUCGUACAUAAAAGAAUAGACAGAUGGCUCCGCUGUGUGUUUGAUGGAUUUUCGGCUCAGUGAAGCAUUAAUGUGAAACGGAAUGCGGCUUUUAUAUAUCUGGGCAGAAAGCGUAUUCACGCCCGGUCCGUUCGACGUCUUUAUUUCUGACGCGAGGAGUGAAGUUAUGUGGAGUUAAAAAAACCGGGAUUUUUUUGCCUUGACACGAAAAGCACCUUGAGCAACGUAAACGAUAUGCUGUGUCGACUUGGAGCAUGUUAAGAACGGCAAGGGACUGUGUAAGGGCAUAUAUCGAGAAGAGUGAACGCGGAGUGGCGGGGCGGGGCUUUCUCGCCACGGUUGACGUUAUUUUUUCGCCGUCUUCGCCAUUUUCCAGUGAAGCCUUUCCUAAAAUUGCAACUCCGUCUUGUUCUUUGUCGUGGAGGUCAUCGGCUUGGCCUUCAAAUGUACAUGUUUUCAUAUGUUUUGUACGUGCAACGCUGGAAAAGAGUAUGUUUGUUGUCGUGACUGAUUUGUGGUAAAACGGUUUAAACGUUGAUAGACUGCUGGUCCCGAAAUUGCCGGAACGAGAGGUGACGACGGGUCGGGGUGUAGGGAGACUACGUGCGGGGAGACUGCGUUGUGUGGAAUGAAAAUGUAUUCGUUGGUGCUGAUCAAGGGGUUCCAGCCCGCUUACUCGGUUCUCGGCGAUAUUGCUGUUCACCAUUUCCUUGGAUCUAGGAGCAUAGCAUUGGUGGGAGAAGUUCGAGACAUCAUCAAGAAGACUCCCGGAUGUCAGUCCGGAAGCGGGAGAGGGGAUAGGGAGGCUUGCCAAGCAAGAAAAGUGCGGGUUGGGCGAUUUGAGCAAUCCAAUUUGUGCGGGAAAAACGUUGGGACGGGAUGGGACACAUGGGGCAGCAGUGGUGGAGGGAAAAAGGUAGAAAAAGGAUUUGAUGCAAUCAAGAGGUAGGAGAUAGCCCUAGGUGGUUCAGGAUGUAAUUCGUUGGGGAAAAACGAAGUACUAGUGGGAAGCGAGAGUGGAACCGAUCGCGCGCAUAGUGGUCGUUACGUGGGGGUCAUCACAAUUGCGCGCAGAUCGUCACAAAAAAAGUAUUCGGGGAUUUGAUCAUAGGUCGAAGCGCCCCGCUGCACCGUGGCCAC